AUGGCCGGCUCGAUCUCUUCGGCGCCCGCGGACCCGCUGAACUGCAGGCUGGCGGUGGUCUUGCUGCACAUGGUGCUGCGGGGUGUGCACCUCCGCCCGGAUGCCCAGAGCGCGAGUGGAUCUCGCUGCGUGCUUUACCACCGGGCGGCCGUCGCCAUCCAGCAGCGAUACCGCUACAUCAAGUUGCGGGGCCAGAAGCAGAAUGCCAUCGCUCCGGCGAUGCGGAUCCAGCGGUUCUGGCGAGGCUUGCGCAGUGCGCUUGGCAUCAUGCGCAAGGACAAUGCCGCGUGGAAGAUCCUCAGGAACUACAAGGCGUGGAAGUGGAACUUGCGGGCGGCGCACCUGCUGCGCUGUGUGCUGAAGAUCCAGCGGGUGUGGCACAGCUCCGUGCACCGGAAGUGGCUCAAGCGCUGUAAUCAUGCGGCUGCCUGCAUCCAGCGACAUGUGCGGGGCUUCAGCGUGCGGCUGAUGCUGGACAAGACCGGCAGGGAGCUGACGGCGCAGUGCCAGGAGCAAGUGGAGGCCUUGGUGGCGCGCCGGUCGCAGAUGCCGGAGACCAGGUGGUGGGCGAUGACGGCGAAUCAAGGCGCCAAGGCCCGGGUGCAGAUGGCGAUGCACCGGCAGCGGAACCUGGACCGGAUCCUGAUGCAGGGUCUGGGGCCAAGGUCCAAUCAGGCGCGGGUGAUGGACAAGCAGCGCCGCCUCAGGCUGGCCGGCGCCCUGCAGCCGGCCAGAGAGAGCAUCUUCGAGCCCUUCAUCUUUGCCUUGGCGCGCCUAGAUGCCCAAGAGCCGCGCUAUGGCGCCAAGCGCUCCCCCGUGAUGGAGCAGGUGAUCCAGGCGCGCAAGGAGCUGGUCAGAUUUCUGCCCGAGCCGCCGCCGCCCCUGCCGCACGUGGCGGCGCGGCGGGGCCGCAAUGCGGUCCUCAUCCGGCGCCUCGCCAAGAAGGCGCGGUACUCCAAGGCCACGGUGGCGAACUUCGAGGACGAUUUGGAAGACGGAGACCAGCUGGUGGUGCAGCAGGACGGCGCCGAGCUGGACGACGAGGAGUUCCAGCACUGGCUGAAGCUGACGUUUGCCGUGGCGGACAUCCGCGGGCACGCCUGA